AUGGUGAGGAGUAAGAAACCCCAUGCCCAGGGGGGCUCCCCACACCACCACACAGGCACACUAGAUGAUUAUAUGUCUACCCCGAGCACACAAGGCACCUCCCGACCGCCAGACAAUAUGGGGCCCGAGUCACCAAGCCAAGAAAGCGCGGGAGGCUCACUCCUGGAUAGCGCACAAGAUGACACUCUGGCACAAAUUAAACAAGAAUUGGCCAUGAUCUCUACACACAUGCUCACCAAAGCUGACACUGGAGGCCUUCUACAAGAGUUCUGGGCAGCGGUUAGAGAGGACCGUGGAAGUGAGAGUGGAGGCGCUCGAGACGGAAGCCCAGGCACGCCGCAUGCAACGCCAAGCAGCUGAACUGGCAACUACCCGACAGGGGAGCCUGAUCCUCUCCCUCCGGCAACAAGAAGAGUUGGAGAAUCGGAGCCGCCGACAAAACAUCCGAAUCCGGGGUCUGCCGGAACCGGACACUGCCCCACUAGCCGAGACACUUAAGGCCCUCUUUCAACAGAUCUUGGGCCGUGAAUGCCCAGAAGAGAUCCAGCUGGACCGGGCGCACCUGACACUGGGGCUGCAGAGACCGUAUGGAAGGCCCUGGAAUGUCCUGUGUUGCCUACAUGCAUACAGCCUGAAGGAAAAGCUGAUGGCGGCCUCCAGUAGAUCGGAGAGCAUUGUGUUCCGGGGAGCCGAAGUCGUCUUCUACCAGGACCUGUCGGGCCUCACCCUGGACGCAAGACGAACGCGCCGGCCCUUGACAGCAACCCUGCGUGACAAGAGCAUUCCUCACCGGUGGGGGUUCCCCUUCAGCCUCCAAGUGAAACAGGGGAACUCCUGGCUCCACGUGAGAUGGCCAGACGACGUCCCGCGGGUAGUGAGAGCUUUCCACCUACCAAGUCUCCACAUCCGAAACUGGCUCUUGGACACCCCGCUAGCUCCAUGA